UGAGCUCGCCGUUGCCUCUUGGUCCCACAGCGGGGCGCCUCUGCUGACUGCGCGGUGCGGACAAGUCGCCCCCCACCUCAAUGCAGAAAAGGCAGACAAGAUGGAAGGCGGGAUUUCUGCCUGCAUGCUGAAAGAACAGAUUGCCACCACCAUCCAGCAGACCGUGAAAGCCACAUCGGAGUCUAUUCUAAACACAUUCUCCAACUUUAUGGAUUGCGAAUAUAAACUCGUGCAAAGGGCGAGCGACUCACAUGGAAAUGGGGUGUGGAGACAUGGUGGCAAGUACGAGAACGACUUUCUUUACGUUAUUGAGGAAGCAGUGAAGGCGGCCGUGGAUUUUAUCAUGUCCGAGUUCACGGAUGUGGUGGACAAGAGGUUUGCCGAUUUCCAGCUCGACAUUCUGGGCAAAGAGAACGAAAUCGAAUGCCUCAAGCUGGGGCUGGAGAUCUCGCGGAGCAAGCUGAAAGCGGUGCGGGAAUACCUGAACUCCGCCGAAGCGCACUGCCCCGAGAGAAACUGCGAGCCUCCUGUAAGUUUCUACGAGAAGGAAAACGAGGAGGAGAGGCUGCGGGUCCUGCCAUUGGUGAACAGCGAGAUGGUCCACGCCAGGAGCGACCCCCAUCACCAGGACAUAGUAGAAGCCUCGGAGGUCACCGGUGAUCUGUCCAUCUUAGUCCACGGCUGGGAUCAAAUUGGCAGCAUUUUUGUGCCCGAUAAAGGGGCAGCUGCGCAUACAACAACUGAAAAAGAAGAGCCCGCUGUCCCCCAUCUCAAUGAGUUCCCUCCUGUCGAAGAAGAGUGUGUCUUUGGCAAGGAGUACAGCGUGACGGUCUCUCUGGACUCUUCUGAAGAUGGAGACAGUGCACCAGAGGAGAGCUCUGAGCUUGGUGAGGAGGAGGAGGAUGGUAGUGAAACGGGCAUCCAUGAUCUUGUACAGGGUGAAAUGGCAUGGGCACCCCUCCACGUUAAAAGAGAGUUACCAGAAGUGAAGGUCUCCUCUUCUUCAGUUAAGAUGGAGCGGGUGGAGCAGGAGAAGACCCCAAAUGUGGAGGUGACAAAUGAGAAGUUUAAUCCCCAUCAGACUGGUAGCAACACAGAAAACUACGAAAAGAGCAUCCAGCAAACUGACAGCCAUCAGAAACCCAAUGGAUAUUAUUCACGCUAUGAACUUUACAGCUGCACUGAAUGCUGGAAGACCUUCACAAAAAUGUCCUACCUUCGAAAACACCAGAGGAUUCACUCAGGCGUGAAGCCAUAUUCGUGCACGGCCUGCAAAAAGACCUUUAGCCGCUCGGAGCACCUGAAGAGGCACCUAAGGGUUCACACUGGAGAAAAGCCCUACAGCUGCCCAGAGUGCCCAAAGACCUUCAGCCGACCAGAGCACCUUAAAGGACACCUGAGAGUCCAUACGGGAGAGAAGCCCUACAGUUGCAACGAGUGCGGGAAGACCUUUGGGCACUUGAUGAGUGUUAAGACGCACCAGAGCAUUCACACUGGGGAGAAGCCCUUUAGUUGCACAGAAUGUGGGAAGGCCUACAGUCACUUGGUGAGCCUUAAAGCACACAAGCGCAUUCACAGACGAGAAAAACUGUACGCUGCUGGCCAGUCGGGGAAGACUGUUGGACAGUCCUCUCUGGCUUAAUUAAGUGGGGGUUGAAUGUAUACACGUCAGUUGCACGCAAUGCAACAAAAUGUCACCAGUGUGAACUUCUCUGUGAAUCAUAAGGGGUUACCCAUGGGGUCUUUCUUUCUGUCAUAACUGAUGUUGAGGAUCCACAAUGGCAACAUCAAAACGGGAGACCAAAACUGGGCCUACUUCUCCAGUUUCCCAUCGCUGCCGCCAUAUACAUCUGGAAAGAAGCUUGCCUUAUUAAGUAGUAGAAUGUCUUGGGAAAAAAUAUUAAUCUGUAAAAAGAAUAAACCAGAAAAAGUGAAUGUGAGUGGUUCUCAUGAGUUAAAUUUCAAUUAAAACAUAAUUCCUGUAGCAUUUUAUUUGCUACAGACCUUGAUGUGUGCAGAGCUACUGCCCCGUCCUCUCUGUAUUUCAGUUGGUCAUCACUUGCUUAUCGGUUUAAUCGUUUACGGUGGUCAUCAUGCACGGAAUCCCUCCCCAAU